GACACGUUUUUGGCUUUCUUUUUUAAUCUGUUGAGUUACUCAUAGUCAAAUAAGUUAUUAAGAUAUUAUUUACCUUUUAAAAUUUUAAUCGGACGGUUAUGGAGGCACCGCAAGCUACCACCAACAUAAAUCCAACCACGUGGACGGUAGUCACCUAUCAAUAUAUUCACAAAAAGGCAGCGUUUAUUGAAUUUCUCGUGAUAUAUAUCUGCUGACGUGUAUGAUAUGAACCCCACAAGGUUAAUAAAUUAAAUUGUAACAGAGAACUUUGGUUACCUAUAUAAAGCUCGCUCUUGCUGUUCCAUUUUUCAACUAGUAACUGAAAUCGAUUUCAUUUUUUUCUCUCUGUUUUUUUUUUGUUCUUCAUGGUGAUGAUGAAGAAGCUUUUGUCGCAACGUUUGUUCAAUAUGUCAAAAAUGGCGUCGCAAAGUCUCAUGAACUGUCGUACUUCGUCUUCUUCGUUAGCCGUGCGAACUAGGGUUCCUAAAGAUAUAGGAGAAGCCACGAUUGAUCCAGAGCCUGGGGAUUUGACGAUUUCUCAAAGGUUUUUGCAUAAAUUUUCCAUGAAUGGGAUUGAUACGACUUCAAAGAUGUCGAUGGGGGAGAGUUUGAUGGGGAAGCUUAAAGAAAUGGAUGUGAACAAGGAUAGGAUUCGAUUAGACGGUCUUUCUCAUCCGAAGGAGGAGACGUUGGGGCUUACUUUGCAAGACGUGAAGAAGUUGCUAAGAGCGUCAGAGAUCGAAGUUGUUAAAACAAAACUGUUGGAGACGGGAAAAAUCUGGAUUCGUUACUCCGAUUUCGUUCGUGUUUGUAGUGAUUCUUCUUUGGAUCCUUCUCAAGGACCUUUGAUCGCUAAGAUGCUUGAUGAUUCAGGAAACGUUAUCGUUUUGGGAAACUCUGUUUGUUUAAGACCUGAUCAGGUAACCAAAUCCAUCGAGGGGCUGCUUCCUUUACCACAGAUUCAUAGCCCAAAUGACCCAAGAAGAAAAGAGCUAAGAGAGCUUGAAGCUAUAAAGACGGUCAUCGAUCAGAAAGCACAUUCUUUGGUGAGAAGAGAGCUUUGGGCUGGUUUGGGUUACUUGAUCAUCCAAACCGCAGGGUUCAUGAGGCUAACGUUUUGGGAACUCACAUGGGAUGUUAUGGAACCGAUCUGUUUCUAUGUCACAUCGGUAUAUUUCAUGGCGGGUUAUGCUUUUUUCCUCAAGACAUCUAGAGAGCCUUCCUUUGAAGGGUUUUACCAAAGCAGGUUUGAGGCUAAACAGAGGAAACUGAUGGAAUCUGAGGAUUUUGAUGUUGGGAGGUACGAUGAGCUGAAGAAGCUGUUUAAUCCCAAGCCUUCAGGUGCUGUUUCCAAGAUUCUUGGAACUCUAUGGAAUUGAUCAUUGGUGGCUCGUUGUCCUACUAACCUCAGAAAGAUAAAUUGACCCCAAAAUUGUGUCAAACAAUAAUUUUGAAAUUUACAUAAUCUUUCUAGGAGGAAAAGACCAAAAAAAAAAAA